AUUACAGCCUGAGAUGGACGGCAGUAACUGUAAAGUUAAUGCUCCUCUCCUAAGUCAAAGAUACCGGAGGAUGGUCACAAAAGAUGGCCACAGCACACUUCAAAUGGAUGGUGCUCAAAGAAGUCUUGCUUAUCUUCGGGAUGCGUGGGGAAUCCUAAUGGACAUGCGCUGGCGCUGGAUGAUGCUGGUCUUUUCUGCUUCUUUUGUUGUCCACUGGCUUGUCUUUGCAGUACUCUGGUAUGUUCUAGCUGAGAUGAAUGGUGAUCUGGAAAUAGAUCACGAUGUCCCACCUGAAAACCACACUAUCUGUGUGAAGUACAUCACCAGUUUCACAGCUGCAUUCUCCUUCUCCCUGGAGACGCAACUUACAAUUGGUUAUGGUACCAUGUUCCCCAGUGGUGACUGUCCAAGUGCAAUCGCCUUACUUGCCAUACAAAUGCUCCUAGGCCUCAUGCUAGAGGCUUUUAUCACAGGUGCCUUUGUGGCGAAGAUUGCACGGCCAAAAAACAGAGCGUUCUCAAUCCGCUUCACUGACUUAGCAGUAGUAGCUCACAGAGAUGGCAAGCCUAAUCUUAUCUUCCAAGUAGCCAACACCCGGCCCAGCCCUCUGACCAGUGUUCGGGUCUCAGCUGUACUCUAUCAGGAAAGAGAAAACGGUGAACUCUACCAGACCAGUGUGGACUUCCACCUUGAUGGCAUCAGUUCUGAGGAAUGUCCAUUCUUCAUCUUCCCGCUAACCUACUACCACACCAUUACACCGUCAAGUCCUCUAGCUACCCUGCUCCAGCAUGAGAACCCUCCACAGUUUGAAUUGGUCGUGUUCCUCUCAGCAAUGCAGGAAGGCACCGGGGAAAUUUGCCAAAGGAGGACAUCCUACCUACCCUCUGAGAUCAUGUUACAUCACCAUUUUGCAGCUCUGAUAACUCGAGGUUCCAAAGGUGAGUAUCAAGUCAAGAUGGAGAAUUUUGACAAGACUGUUCCUGAACAUCCAACUCCUGUGGUCUCUAAGAGUCCACACAGGACUGACCUAGAUAUUCAUAUCAAUGGACAAAGCAUUGACAAUUUUCAGAUCUCUGAAACAGGGCUGACAGAAUAGGACUCGCCUACACCAUCCCACUUCUUAUUGUAUUAAAUAUAU